AUGCCGAACUGUUCGGAGUCUGCCGGUCUGGACGAAGAUCGACUAACGCAUUAUGUCCAGAAUGUCAAAGUAAGGUUGAAAGACGGAAGAGAGGUUUUCUUCGAUAAAAAUGGAGAUCCCCCAACUGUGUAUGACAUUGUCAACUGGCAGCUAGGGGACGAUGGGGUCAUGAAGCAAGUCAAGGUUGGAGAAUACAAUUUGACAACCAACAGUCCAGAUGUCCUGACUCUCAACAGGACUGCCAUACAAUGGAUAUAUAGGCGAAGACAAGUUCCUACCUCUGUCUGCAGCAAAAGCUGCUCUCCAGGUUUUAGGAAGGCCCCGUUAAGAGGACAGCCUGCCUGUUGUUAUCAGUGUGUUCCAUGUCCACAGGGGGAGAUCUCCAACCAGACUGACUCUGUAGACUGCUUCAGAUGUCCAUGGGACAAGUGGCCAAACUUGCAGAGGAACAGCUGUGAUCCGAAGCCCAUAGAGUUUCUUUCCUAUGAGCAGCCUCUGGGGGCCACACUUGCCGGUUCUGGAAUUUCAUCCUUCACCGUACCACUUUCCAUCUUGGGCCUCUACUUAAAAAAGAAGGACACGCCAAUAGUCAAAGCCAACAACUACUCUUUAAGUUGUCUUCUCCUGAUAUGCCUUUCCUUUUGUUUCCUCUCUUCGCUAACAUUCAUUGGGUAUCCUCGAUCUAGUAAGUGUCUCCUGCGCCAGGCCACAUUUGGCAUGGUAUUUGCCUUAUGUAUUUCAUGCGUCUUGGCCAAAACUGUCAUGGUGGUUUUUGCUUUCAUGGCCACAAAACCGGGAAGCCGUUUAAAAAAAUGGGCUACACUGCGGGUGUCCUAUGGGAUUAUUUUUGUCUGCUCCCUCAUGCAAUUCAUCUUAUGUGCUUCAUGGAUGACAAUUUCUCCUCCAUUUCCAGAGGAUGAUGUUCAAACCCAACCUGGGACUCUCAUUGCUGAGUGCAAUGAGGGGUCUAGAGCUGCUUUCUGGUGCAUGAUUGGUUAUCUAAGCCUCUUGGCCUUCAUUAGUUUUGUUGUUGCCUUCUUGGCCAGAAGUCUUCCAGACACCUUCAAUGAGACCAAGUUCAUCACGUUCAGCAUGCUGGCCUUCCUGAGCGUCUGGAUUUCGUUUAUCCCAGCCUCUAUCAGCACCAGAGGCAGAUAUGCCAUAGCCAUGGAGGUGUUUGCCAUAAUCUUCUCGGCUUGGGCCCUGGUGAUCUGUAUGUUUUUACCUAAGUGUUUCAUUAUAUUGUUCAGACCUAACAUGAACUCCAAGGAACAUCUUCUGGGGAAGUUGAGAAACAAAACAUUACUUUAA